UCACAUUUUCACAUUCAAAACCUAUACUUAUUCAACCUCACGGACUAUAUUUUUUUUUACUAAUUGUCUUCUUCCCAUAUAGUUAAGGGCAUUUUGCUAAUCGAGGAGUACCCUCAAAUGAUGCUCCCUAGUAGGGCUGUAAAAAAACUGGCCCAAUCCAAUCGUUCUGACAAAAAUCGAAGUGACCCAGUGUAAUCCCCCGUAAUUUUAUACAUUGUUUAUAUUUUUUACGUAUAUUUAAUAUAUUUAAGUACAAUUUGCGGAUUUUAGAAAUGAAUAUGUAAUUAAAAUAUAAUUAUUUUAUCUCAUUUUGAAUACUUUAAUGACUUACGAAAUCAAAAUGUAUUUUCGAAUUUUACGUUAAAACGAAUUCGAAUUACGAAAAUCGAUUAAAUUUAGAAAACGAUCCUAUCCGAUUUUGGAUUCGAAUCCUAAAACUAAAUUCCUAAGUCUAGCCCAAUUGAAUAAAGCCCAAUAUUAUAAACCCAUAACCCCAUACUUCUACUCCAUGUAAAACACAAAACACAAAACACCAAACCCCUCUAUUCCUACUUCACGUAAAAACCAAAAAGGGCAAAACCCAUCUCUCUCCUUUCCUGCUUCCUCUUCCUCCCUCUGCCCAGCCGCCGACCACCACGAGCACGCCACCAAGGCCGCCAGACCACCUCGCCGCCACGUCGCUGACCACCAGCUCUCACCACCACCUUGCUCGCGCAGCCCCCGCGUCGCCACCCAGCCUGCGCCGCCGCUGCCUUGUCCCUGCUCGCCGCCACCGCAAGUAGCACCACCGUGUGCCGCCGUCUCUCAGCCCUGCCGCAAGCCACCUCUGUCCGCCAGCCAACUCUCUCUCCUCCUUCUUGAAUUGGCGGAGAAUUCUCUUUAGGCGACUUUUGAAAGUGUUAAAGUGGCCUAUCAGUUUGUUUACACAAGGUCGCGUUCUAGGAUGACCAACAGUAAUGACCUAGCUGCUGUCUUUCGCCUCUUGGCGGAAAAACUAGCCCAGGAAAGAACUGAGCGCCCCAAUUCUGCAGGAGACAUGUUUGAAAGGCUUGCGAAAGUUAAGCCACCAUACUUCAAGGGGCAAGCAGACCCGACCUUCCUAGAAAACUGGAUUAGGGAGUUUGAAAAACUAUUUUGGGUGGUAAACUGUCCUGAAAAUAUGAAAAUAGGUCAAGCUGUCCUUUACCUAAAAGAUGAGGCCGAUCUAUGCUGGAAAGAGAAUGGAACUAGGCUAAGUGUUGUUGAAGGAUUUAAUUGGGACUCAUUUGUUGUUGCAUUGAGGGAAAAGUUUUAUCCUCCUUUCAUAACAAAACGAAAAGCGCAAGAAUUCAUAAACCUUGGGAUGGGGAGUAUGACUAUCGCUGAAUACUAUAGUAAGUUUAUAACUUUGUCGAGGUUUGCACCUGAGGUGGUAGCUACUGAGGAGCUAAAGGCUCAGAGGUUUGAGCAAGGGUUGACCGAUGAGAUUCAGUUGGGAUUAGAUGGAGAAACCUUUACAUCCCUAGAUAAUGUGCGUGAGAAAACCACCCAUAUUUAUGAAUUGCAGUCUAGAAGGGACAAGAAAAAUGUGGUUGGGGAGAAAAGAAAAGAGUUUAAUGCUGGGAAAAACCAAGGGAAUUUCAAGAAAAGUACGAAAGUGAACAGGAAUGAGGGUGGAAAUGGAAAUUUUCAACAGAGGAACAAUCAGGGGCACAACAAUAGCAACCAAUCUGAGAGAGUGCAUCACUGUAAGAGAUGCAACAACAACCAUCCUGGUAAAAACUGCAAGGGAGAAUUAGUGACAUGCAACUAUUGUCAGAAAAGGGGCCAUAGGGAGUAUGAGUGCUUCACCAAGCAGAAAAAGGAACAAAAUGGUAAUGGAAGUGAAAAUCAAGUGAGGUUUAACCAGUCUGGAAGACAAGAUUCAAAGCCUGGAGGGGCACAAAACAAUCAAGGAAACUAUAAUAAGCCCGCAAAUGAUAACAACAACCAGAAUAAGACUCCGGGCAAACCGUUCUUGAUGUCUAGAAAUGAAGCUGAAUAUUCUGCAGACGUAGUUCAUGGUACUUUUUCUAUUAACUCUGUGCUAGUUAAAACAUUAUGUGAUUCGGGAGCAACUUAUUCUUUUGUUUCGUCAUCUGUUGUUAAGAGUCUGAAUUUGGUAGAUUUUGAGUAAUUGAUUUACCUGUUAGUAUACCUACUAGUGUAACCAUAAGGUGUACCAAGUUGUUUAAGAAUCCGCCUUUUAAGAUAAAAGAUUGCGUUUUCUUUCCGAUUUGAUAGAGUUUAAUCUGGGAAACCUAUAUGUAAUUUUGGGGAUGGAUUGGCUAAGUUUGUUCAGGGCCAAGUUAGAGUUUGUAAUUCAGAAACUAAGUAUAAGGAACCCUAUUGGAAAUUUGACCUCAUAUAAACGUUUUGGGAAGACCAAGAACCUUGGGGUUAUUUCUGCAAUGCAAGUGAGGAAAUUGAUGAUAAGGAGUGUGAACUAUUUUUCUGUAGGAGCUAGAUGUGAGUUAAGAAGUCGGAAUGAAGAUCGAGGAUGUUCCAACUGUGAAUGAAUUCAUGGAUGUGUUUCCUAGUGAGAUUGCAGGUAUGCCACUUGCUAAGAGCCGUUGAGUCCCCUAUAGACUUAGUUCCUAGAAUGACGCAUAUAUCUAGAGCACCAUAUAGAAUGACACCUCCUGAAAUGAGCUAAUUAAGAAAAAGUUGCAAGAGUUGUUUGGUCAAGGAAUAUAUUAGGCCUAGUGCAUCACCGUGGGGAGCUCCUGUGUUGUUUGUUAAGGAGAAAGAUAAGAGUAUGGAAUUAUGCAUCGAUUUUAGGGAGCUAAACAUCAUCAAGAGCAAGUAUCUAUUGGAUCAAUUGAACUGGGCGAGUGUGUUAUCGAAGAAUGAUUUGUGUUUGAAGUAUCACCAAUUGAGGAUAGCUGAUAAAGAUAUACCUAAGACCUCAUUAGGACUCGUUAUUGUCAUUAUGGGUUUAGAGUAAUGUCUUUUGGGUUAACCAAUGCACCUGCCAUAAUUAUGGAUUUGAUGAAUAAGAUUUUCUACGAAUCCCGAAUUAAGUUCGUUAUUAUGUUACUGAUGGUAUCCUGAUUUAUUCAAGGAAUGAAAAGAGCAUAAUGAAAUCUUGAGGAUUACUUUGGAGACGCUUAGAUAGAAUCUAGUUUUAUGUGAAUGAAGUACACAAAUCUUGAAGUCAUGUGCGUAUAAGUGACACCGGUGGAAAAGUGAAGGACUAUAUUGAUCGAAAACCACGUUACGUAAGGGAGUAAAAUUAAGAGAAGAUUCGAGUGGUCCAGGAUUGUUAGAAAUUUGUUGUCUUGAAAAGAGGGGAAUAUAUGAAUUGGUGAAAUACUAGGAUUUAAGCCCAAGAGUUAUAAAUCCAUGAAAGGCGUAAUGAGGUUCAGUAGAAAAGGAAAGUUGAGCAGAAGGAGUGUCUGUAGAUCCUGCUAAGGUUCGAGCUGUGAGUGAGUGACCUACUCCAAAGAACGUGUCUAAUAUUUGAAGUUUCCUAGGCCUAUUUGACUGUUAUAAGAGGUUGUGAAGACUUUAGAAGAGAGCAAAACCAAUGGCAAACUUGUUGAAAAAGGAAUCAAAAUUUGAGUGAAGUGAGAAAAGUGAGGAAGCUUCUAGAUUUUAAAAGAGAAUUUGACCUCCGCAACUGUUGUCGCGUCAAUUGAAACCUUGUAAGCCUAAUUACCAAACCCAUGACCUAAAGUUAGCUGCUAUUGUGUUACCUGCGAAUAUUUGGAGACAUUACCUUUAUAGGGCAACACGUAAGAUCCUUACCGAGCACAAAAGUCUGAAACUUUGGCAAUAAGGCCCAGUUGAAUCUUGGGGACAACAUCGAAAAAUAUACUGCUUUCCACCCUGCAAUUGAUGGUCAGCCUGGGAGGACUAACCAAACUACGGAAUAUAUGUUGAGAGCCCGUGUUAUUGACUUUAAGAGUAACUGGGGAACCACCUAGAUUCGAUUGGAUUUCUUGAAAGAUAGUUACCAUACGAACAGUAAGAUGUCACAUGUUGAGGCAUUGUAUGGGAAAGAAGUGUAGAGGUUCCACUUGUUGGGAUGAUUUUAGUGAAAAUAUAGUAUUGGGGGCAGAAUUCGUUGAAGAAAGGAAAUACCCAAAGUUAUUCCCUGAGAUGAGUUACGAGGGCGUAACUCGUUUUCUUUAAGAGGGGUAGAAUACGAUAUAAAUUCGCGCUUUUUACCUAAUUUUAUGGUGUUUUUAUGCAUUUUUAUGCUUAUUUUAGCAAAUUAUUCAUGUCGAUGCAAGUAAAUAGAUUCUUCGCGUAACAAAUAGGUGUUCAUGAGUAAUUCAAGAAACUUUAAGUUGGCAAAAGAGUGUACAUAAAUGCCACAAGUAUUUCUCCAAUGAGAAUGAGUUGAAAAGUUUGGAAAGAUAGGUGAAUUUUCGUGUCAAGUUUCGGGACGAAACUUCUUUUAAGAGGGGUAGAUUGUAAUCCCCCGUAAUUUUAUACAUUGUUUAUAUUUUUUACGUAUAUUUAAUAUAUUUAAGUACAAUUUGCGGAUUUUAGAAAUGAAUAUGUAAUUAAAAUAUAAUUAUUUUAUCUCAUUUUGAAUACUUUAAUGACUUACGAAAUCAAAAUGUAUUUUCGAAUUUUACGUUAAAACGAAUUCGAAUUACGAAAAUCGAUUAAAUUUAGAAAACGAUCCUAUCCGAUUUUGGAUUCGAAUCCUAAAACUAAAUUCCUAAGUCUAGCCCAAUUGAAUAAAGCCCAAUAUUAUAAACCCAUAACCCCAUACUUCUACUCCAUGUAAAACACAAAACACAAAACACCAAACCCCUCUAUUCCUACUUCACGUAAAAACCAAAAAGGGCAAAACCCAUCUCUCUCCUUUCCUGCUUCCUCUUCCUCCCUCUGCCCAGCCGCCGACCACCACGAGCACGCCACCAAGGCCGCCAGACCACCUCGCCGCCACGUCGCUGACCACCAGCUCUCACCACCACCUUGCUCGCGCAGCCCCCGCGUCGCCACCCAGCCUGCGCCGCCGCUGCCUUGUCCCUGCUCGCCGCCACCGCAAGUAGCACCACCGUGUGCCGCCGUCUCUCAGCCCUGCCGCAAGCCACCUCUGUCCGCCAGCCAACUCUCUCUCCUCCUUCUUGAAUUGGCGGAGAAUUCUCUUUAGGCGACUUUUGAAAGUGUUAAAGUGGCCUAUCAGUUUGUUUACACAAGGUCGCGUUCUAGGAUGACCAACAGUAAUGACCUAGCUGCUGUCUUUCGCCUCUUGGCGGAAAAACUAGCCCAGGAAAGAACUGAGCGCCCCAAUUCUGCAGGAGACAUGUUUGAAAGGCUUGCGAAAGUUAAGCCACCAUACUUCAAGGGGCAAGCAGACCCGACCUUCCUAGAAAACUGGAUUAGGGAGUUUGAAAAACUAUUUUGGGUGGUAAACUGUCCUGAAAAUAUGAAAAUAGGUCAAGCUGUCCUUUACCUAAAAGAUGAGGCCGAUCUAUGCUGGAAAGAGAAUGGAACUAGGCUAAGUGUUGUUGAAGGAUUUAAUUGGGACUCAUUUGUUGUUGCAUUGAGGGAAAAGUUUUAUCCUCCUUUCAUAACAAAACGAAAAGCGCAAGAAUUCAUAAACCUUGGGAUGGGGAGUAUGACUAUCGCUGAAUACUAUAGUAAGUUUAUAACUUUGUCGAGGUUUGCACCUGAGGUGGUAGCUACUGAGGAGCUAAAGGCUCAGAGGUUUGAGCAAGGGUUGACCGAUGAGAUUCAGUUGGGAUUAGAUGGAGAAACCUUUACAUCCCUAGAUAAUGUGCGUGAGAAAACCACCCAUAUUUAUGAAUUGCAGUCUAGAAGGGACAAGAAAAAUGUGGUUGGGGAGAAAAGAAAAGAGUUUAAUGCUGGGAAAAACCAAGGGAAUUUCAAGAAAAGUACGAAAGUGAACAGGAAUGAGGGUGGAAAUGGAAAUUUUCAACAGAGGAACAAUCAGGGGCACAACAAUAGCAACCAAUCUGAGAGAGUGCAUCACUGUAAGAGAUGCAACAACAACCAUCCUGGUAAAAACUGCAAGGGAGAAUUAGUGACAUGCAACUAUUGUCAGAAAAGGGGCCAUAGGGAGUAUGAGUGCUUCACCAAGCAGAAAAAGGAACAAAAUGGUAAUGGAAGUGAAAAUCAAGUGAGGUUUAACCAGUCUGGAAGACAAGAUUCAAAGCCUGGAGGGGCACAAAACAAUCAAGGAAACUAUAAUAAGCCCGCAAAUGAUAACAACAACCAGAAUAAGACUCCGGGCAAACCGUUCUUGAUGUCUAGAAAUGAAGCUGAAUAUUCUGCAGACGUAGUUCAUGGUACUUUUUCUAUUAACUCUGUGCUAGUUAAAACAUUAUGUGAUUCGGGAGCAACUUAUUCUUUUGUUUCGUCAUCUGUUGUUAAGAGUCUGAAUUUGGUAGAUUUUGAGUAAUUGAUUUACCUGUUAGUAUACCUACUAGUGUAACCAUAAGGUGUACCAAGUUGUUUAAGAAUCCGCCUUUUAAGAUAAAAGAUUGCGUUUUCUUUCCGAUUUGAUAGAGUUUAAUCUGGGAAACCUAUAUGUAAUUUUGGGGAUGGAUUGGCUAAGUUUGUUCAGGGCCAAGUUAGAGUUUGUAAUUCAGAAACUAAGUAUAAGGAACCCUAUUGGAAAUUUGACCUCAUAUAAACGUUUUGGGAAGACCAAGAACCUUGGGGUUAUUUCUGCAAUGCAAGUGAGGAAAUUGAUGAUAAGGAGUGUGAACUAUUUUUCUGUAGGAGCUAGAUGUGAGUUAAGAAGUCGGAAUGAAGAUCGAGGAUGUUCCAACUGUGAAUGAAUUCAUGGAUGUGUUUCCUAGUGAGAUUGCAGGUAUGCCACUUGCUAAGAGCCGUUGAGUCCCCUAUAGACUUAGUUCCUAGAAUGACGCAUAUAUCUAGAGCACCAUAUAGAAUGACACCUCCUGAAAUGAGCUAAUUAAGAAAAAGUUGCAAGAGUUGUUUGGUCAAGGAAUAUAUUAGGCCUAGUGCAUCACCGUGGGGAGCUCCUGUGUUGUUUGUUAAGGAGAAAGAUAAGAGUAUGGAAUUAUGCAUCGAUUUUAGGGAGCUAAACAUCAUCAAGAGCAAGUAUCUAUUGGAUCAAUUGAACUGGGCGAGUGUGUUAUCGAAGAAUGAUUUGUGUUUGAAGUAUCACCAAUUGAGGAUAGCUGAUAAAGAUAUACCUAAGACCUCAUUAGGACUCGUUAUUGUCAUUAUGGGUUUAGAGUAAUGUCUUUUGGGUUAACCAAUGCACCUGCCAUAAUUAUGGAUUUGAUGAAUAAGAUUUUCUACGAAUCCCGAAUUAAGUUCGUUAUUAUGUUACUGAUGGUAUCCUGAUUUAUUCAAGGAAUGAAAAGAGCAUAAUGAAAUCUUGAGGAUUACUUUGGAGACGCUUAGAUAGAAUCUAGUUUUAUGUGAAUGAAGUACACAAAUCUUGAAGUCAUGUGCGUAUAAGUGACACCGGUGGAAAAGUGAAGGACUAUAUUGAUCGAAAACCACGUUACGUAAGGGAGUAAAAUUAAGAGAAGAUUCGAGUGGUCCAGGAUUGUUAGAAAUUUGUUGUCUUGAAAAGAGGGGAAUAUAUGAAUUGGUGAAAUACUAGGAUUUAAGCCCAAGAGUUAUAAAUCCAUGAAAGGCGUAAUGAGGUUCAGUAGAAAAGGAAAGUUGAGCAGAAGGAGUGUCUGUAGAUCCUGCUAAGGUUCGAGCUGUGAGUGAGUGACCUACUCCAAAGAACGUGUCUAAUAUUUGAAGUUUCCUAGGCCUAUUUGACUGUUAUAAGAGGUUGUGAAGACUUUAGAAGAGAGCAAAACCAAUGGCAAACUUGUUGAAAAAGGAAUCAAAAUUUGAGUGAAGUGAGAAAAGUGAGGAAGCUUCUAGAUUUUAAAAGAGAAUUUGACCUCCGCAACUGUUGUCGCGUCAAUUGAAACCUUGUAAGCCUAAUUACCAAACCCAUGACCUAAAGUUAGCUGCUAUUGUGUUACCUGCGAAUAUUUGGAGACAUUACCUUUAUAGGGCAACACGUAAGAUCCUUACCGAGCACAAAAGUCUGAAACUUUGGCAAUAAGGCCCAGUUGAAUCUUGGGGACAACAUCGAAAAAUAUACUGCUUUCCACCCUGCAAUUGAUGGUCAGCCUGGGAGGACUAACCAAACUACGGAAUAUAUGUUGAGAGCCCGUGUUAUUGACUUUAAGAGUAACUGGGGAACCACCUAGAUUCGAUUGGAUUUCUUGAAAGAUAGUUACCAUACGAACAGUAAGAUGUCACAUGUUGAGGCAUUGUAUGGGAAAGAAGUGUAGAGGUUCCACUUGUUGGGAUGAUUUUAGUGAAAAUAUAGUAUUGGGGGCAGAAUUCGUUGAAGAAAGGAAAUACCCAAAGUUAUUCCCUGAGAUGAGUUACGAGGGCGUAACUCGUUUUCUUUAAGAGGGGUAGAAUACGAUAUAAAUUCGCGCUUUUUACCUAAUUUUAUGGUGUUUUUAUGCAUUUUUAUGCUUAUUUUAGCAAAUUAUUCAUGUCGAUGCAAGUAAAUAGAUUCUUCGCGUAACAAAUAGGUGUUCAUGAGUAAUUCAAGAAACUUUAAGUUGGCAAAAGAGUGUACAUAAAUGCCACAAGUAUUUCUCCAAUGAGAAUGAGUUGAAAAGUUUGGAAAGAUAGGUGAAUUUUCGUGUCAAGUUUCGGGACGAAACUUCUUUUAAGAGGGGUAGAUUGUAAUCCCCCGUAAUUUUAUACAUUGUUUAUAUUUUUUACGUAUAUUUAAUAUAUUUAAGUACAAUUUGCGGAUUUUAGAAAUGAAUAUGUAAUUAAAAUAUAAUUAUUUUAUCUCAUUUUGAAUACUUUAAUGACUUACGAAAUCAAAAUGUAUUUUCGAAUUUUACGUUAAAACGAAUUCGAAUUACGAAAAUCGAUUAAAUUUAGAAAACGAUCCUAUCCGAUUUUGGAUUCGAAUCCUAAAACUAAAUUCCUAAGUCUAGCCCAAUUGAAUAAAGCCCAAUAUUAUAAACCCAUAACCCCAUACUUCUACUCCAUGUAAAACACAAAACACAAAACACCAAACCCCUCUAUUCCUACUUCACGUAAAAACCAAAAAGGGCAAAACCCAUCUCUCUCCUUUCCUGCUUCCUCUUCCUCCCUCUGCCCAGCCGCCGACCACCACGAGCACGCCACCAAGGCCGCCAGACCACCUCGCCGCCACGUCGCUGACCACCAGCUCUCACCACCACCUUGCUCGCGCAGCCCCCGCGUCGCCACCCAGCCUGCGCCGCCGCUGCCUUGUCCCUGCUCGCCGCCACCGCAAGUAGCACCACCGUGUGCCGCCGUCUCUCAGCCCUGCCGCAAGCCACCUCUGUCCGCCAGCCAACUCUCUCUCCUCCUUCUUGAAUUGGCGGAGAAUUCUCUUUAGGCGACUUUUGAAAGUGUUAAAGUGGCCUAUCAGUUUGUUUACACAAGUCUCUAAGGAUCAAUAAGCGUUGCCCAUCUACAGGUUUGAAGAUGAUGCAUCAUUGGGAUCGGGAUUAGAGAGCUUGUAGUUCUAUUCGUUUAAUUAAGUGAUUUAAUUUGUUAACUUGGAUUUGAAAUUUGUCGUACUAUUCGUAUUUCCUUAAUUCAGUUAAUUGGUUUGGACCUAAUAUGUAAUAGAUUAUUUAUGAACCUAAAAGUUAGUUUUAUGUUUUCCGCUGCAAAA